GUUGCCGCUUCUCGCCCUCAAAUUUGCUCGUCUCGCCGCCUGCAGCCGGCCAGUGGUCACCGAGGGGAGUUUAUAUCCUCAGGAGAUGGAUGAGGCCUGAUGGAGGCGCUGACUGUAAGAGUGCAAGAAAAGGAAGGGAGAGCGAGGAGCCUGGGGAGGAGAGAUCCCAUCCUUGCAGCGCAAGCAGCUGGUGACAGUUAGUGGGUGACUGUUUGAGUAGCCGCCACAGGCUCAUUAUGGCUCAGGUGCUGCAUAUGGACCCCGGCUUCCCAGGGAAACUCAACCCGCCUGCUCCCCCUUCCCUGCACGGCAAAGAGCAGGAGGCGCCCUACUCAGUGGAGACCCCCUAUGGCUACCGUCUGGACCUAGACUUCCUCAAAUAUGUUAAUGACAUAGAGAAGGGUAACACUAUCAAGAAGGUGCCUAUCCAACGGCGGCCACGCUAUGGCUCCCUGCCCCGUGGCUAUGGGUACGCCGGCUCUUGGUGGACCUCCACAGAGUCUCUGUGCUCCAACACCAGCAUGGACAGCCGGCACUCCUCCUUCUCCUACUGUGCCCCAGGCUACCACACGUCACAGAGGCCCAGCUUCAGCACUGCCCGGGUGGAGAAGACCCUGUUGGAUGCACGCAGGAAGCUGGAGGAGGAGAAAGAGGGGCGCAGAUUCUCCAACCUGGGCAGCAUGCACAGCAGCGUAGCAGGCUCCAACACCUCUCUCAGCAGUGCACACAGCUUCAACCGAGCCCACGGUGGAAGUGGGUCCUUUACCCCAAUGAGUUCUGGCCUGUCCACUCCAGUGACCCCAACACCAGCCCACUUGCAGCAUGUCAGGGAGCAGAUGGCUGCGGCCCUCAGGAAAAUAAAGGAGCUCGAGGAGCAGGUGAAGACCAUCCCUGUGCUGCAGGUCAAAAUCUCUGUGCUGCAGGAGGAGAAACGGCAGCUCAGCGUCCAGCUGAAGAGCCAGAAGUUCCUGGGCCACACUCUGGGUUUCAGCCGAGGUCGUCCCAGAGGAGAGCUCUACAUCGACAUCCCUGAAGAGGACGUGAGCAAUGGAGCUAAGAGCAGCAGCAAGCCAGCAGGGCCACUGUCUCCCACUACACCUGAGGGCUCCAAGCAAGACUCAGGGUGUGAGAUUGAGGACACAGUGAUUGUGGGUGGAGCGCGACCAGAUGCAAAGCGCGAAGUGCGCACCAUCGGAGUGGGACCAGAGGACUUGAGGGGCAGCCGUCAGGUGGGAGUCGGGGUUCGGGAGGAGGAUUUGGGGUUGCUGCCAGAGACAGAGGCUCUUAAGAAUCAAGUGGGUCAGCUUGAGGGCCAGCUAAAGAGGACAGUGCAGGAGCUGCAGGCUGCACAGCAGCAGGCUGUAGCAGCCCAGAACGCCCCUCAAGCGGAGCAUCCAGUCAUGGCUACCAGCAUGGGCUGGCAGGAGCCACAAGGCUGCAGCCUGCACACUCUGGUCAGCUUCACACAGCUGCCCCAACAGAGGGAACAGAGAACUGUGGGAAUCCAGGUGUACACACUGGAGCAGCCUACUGUGGUGGAGGUGGGCACUCUGCUCCGAGCAGAGACCUGCAGGUCUCCGGCCCUGCAGUCAGCGGGUGGAGUCGUGCAGGGCCACAACAGAGGACCAGCUGAAGAUGCUCCACUCGAGUUGCCGAUUGCAGUCAGCUCCAAGCAGGUGCGCGAUGUCCUCAAGAGCGAGCUAUCUACUUCGGUACCUGUAGCUACUCCUGUCAUCGCCGUAGGCACGUCUGGUAAUCAGAUUGGUGUGUUGCAUUCUAAAGAAGCAGAGACGCACCUCCAUACAUCCACAGAGGUUGUCCAGUCACAAGAAGGUCCUAAAACAGCUUCAUCUCCACAGUCUUCUCUGAGGUCCAUUAUGAAGCGGAAAGCAGAAGGUGAACCAGGAUCUCCCUCCACAAAGAAAAACCUGCAGUUCAUUGGAGUAAAUGGAGGCUACGAGUCCACGUCAUCAGAUGACAGCAGCAGCGAGAGCUCAGAUGAGGGCAGUGACUCCAGCGAAUAUCAUGAAGCCAGAGAAAAAUUACCAGAGUCAGCGGUCCAGCACCAGCAAAUAACCCACAGCAAGGCUUCCCAGCCUCCAGACAGCAACAGUGUACCUCAACAGACUGCCGUCAAACCAGCAGCCGUCGUUCCAGACUCGCAGCAGAGUCCCAACCAGUCUGCAACUGUAGACACAAGACUGCCAGCCCCCCAGUCACCAGUGACAGACGCUGUUGUGCAAAACUGUGCCUCACAGCCACCAGCCUCCACUUUGACUCCUCCAUGUCCAGCAAAUGAUUCUGCCUCUCAAGAGACCGUCAACCAGCCAUCAGAAAAACUCACAGUCACCAGGGAGAUCACCUCCACAUCAGCAAGCACUGAAUCCACUCCCGAGCAAAGCUCCAUAAAGUCCUCUGUUACCUGUUCUUCAUCACUGUGCGUCACUCAAACCACUGAGAUUUCCGAGGAGCAACACACCGUCCAGUCAGAAACAUCCGUCCUCUCUGACCGGUCGGACUUAAAGCCAGCAACUGAAAGCAUCGCGAAUGACGCUGCCACGGCAUCUGCCAAACAAGUCAGACUGGAGCUGAGUGACAGCCUGAUGUCAGCUCUUCAUGCCCUGCAGAAAGCCCUGGGGGAACCCAAUGCCUUCAGCCAACAAGGAGCAAGGGCAGCCUACACCACUGUGCUGCAGGAAUGGCUGCGUGUGUCCUGUCACAAAGCAGCGGACACGGCUGUUGUCAAGGCCUACAUGAGCACCUUCGCCUCCAUCUCCCCUCAGCUGUUGGAGUUUGUGAUCAACAUGGCGGACGGCAACGGGAAUACAGCGCUUCACUACACCGUCUCCCACUCCAACUUCCCUGUGGUGAAACUGCUGCUGGACACUGGCCUGUGUAAUGCUGACAAGCAGAACAAGGCGGGCUACACGGCCAUAAUGCUGACAGCUCUGGCUGCCUUCCACUCUGACGGCGACCUUCAAACUGUCCUGCAGCUGCUGCGCACAGGGGACGUCAACGCCAAGGCCAGCCAGGCCGGUCAGACGGCGCUGAUGCUGGCGGUCAGUCACGGUCGAGGGGACAUGGUGAAGGCGCUGCUGUCCUGCGGAGCACAGGUCAACAUCCGGGAUGAUGACGGCUCCACCGCGCUCAUGUGUGCCUGCGAACAUGGUCAUGUGGACAUUGUGCGUCAGCUACUGUCUGUGCCAGGCUGUGAUGCCACUCUCACCGAUAAUGACGGCAGCACAGCUCUGUCCAUUGCCCUGGAGGCCAGCCAGAACGACAUUGCUGUGCUUCUGUAUGCUCACCUCAACUUCUCGAAGCCUCCUUCCCCUGUUUCACCGAAGUCACCUCUCUUGGGUUCCUCUCCUCCAGCCAGUGAAACAAAAUAAAACCUGCUCUUUCUGCGAGUGACAGCAACUCUCCAGCCAACAACAGCAACUACUCAUAUCACAGAGUGAUUUUUUUUUCAUCCGUGUGAUUAAGAGAAACAAUGAGUUUGUGUGUGUUUGUUUUCACCCUGCAUUAUUUAAGUACAUUAUAAUAUGCAGAUAAUUACGUGCCAGCUUGCACCAUUGUUAUCCAUUGCUUUUUUUUACACAGUGGUGGUUGAAAACAUGCAUUUCUUGUGUGGUACAAUCUGAAAAGUUGAACAUUCAGCAGUUUGUAUGCAUCAAUCCAUUCUUGUCAGUCAUGUUUUUAGUGGCACUGACAAGUCAAAACAGUUCACUAAAUUACAUUAUACAGUUAAUUGUUAUACACUUGUUGUUUUUUUCUGUACCAAUCUCAUAUUAAUUGCUUUAUAGAGCGAUGUGUUUUCAUUGUAUUGUGUACAAUAGCUCCAAUAGCUCUUACACAGUAGCAUCAUUAUGUGUGUGACCAUCACAGCCAUUUGGAAUAAUGAAAGCCACCCCUCUCAUGGAUAAGUGUCCUUGCAUCAACUAGCUCAUUGGUGCUACAAAAAUAAUAAAAUUGAGAAAACACCACUUCAACAGAAUAUCAAUAUUUAUACACAAAAUUUAUUUACUCUAGAGUAUUUUUGAUAUCGAUUUUUUUUUUUUAAUUCUGACUUAAUUCAGGAUCUCCCAGAAUCAAGAUUUUUAUUUCCCAGGCAAUGGUUGAUUUAUUAACCAGUGAACAAAAAUUUAUUUUAGGUGGUGACCACAUUUCCCAAAACGAACCCAAAGAUGUAUCUCUCCUAUCAGCUCUGUGACACUGUAUAUUGUGGUGAUAAUAUUAACACAGACCUAGCAUCAGUGUGAAGGAAGAAAGAACUCUUGGAACUCUCUGACAGCUACGGUACUAUGGUCUUUGUAUUUUUAUACGUGAAGGUAUUUUGGACGGUUGUAAGGAAAGAUUAGAGUGUAUCUGUGUUUGUAAUGUUCUGUGCUUAUAAGAUUUAACAAGACUUUGUUGAGAAGUGGCUGAAAGUGCUGGUGAUUGCCGGUAAGAUUUGUCAGGGAACCAGAACGUGACUGAUUGGGGUCUUUAAAGGACGUGUCAUGUAAGAUGUGAAUAUCAAAAUAAUAUAUGUCAAUAUAAACUGGUAGUUAUUAUGCCUAAAAUCAAAUUCCUUGAACAAGUGCAUAGGCUAUUGAUGUCAAAAUUUCUAUUACUUUUUAAAGAUUUUUUCACAGUUUUCAUAUUCACUUUUAAGCAAUUGAAUUUUUAUAAAGUUCCAAGUUUUUAAUUUAAGUAUCUAUCUUUUUAUACAUUUAGAAUUUUUAAGCUCACACCUGCUUUAUGUAAUCGCACAGCUCUUUAGUUAAUGUUUUCUGAAGGUUUAUGUAAAAUUCUAGAUUGUGUUUCUCAAUUAAUUAAUAAAUUUGGACCACACUGUU